GAUACUUCAGAAUUUGAAAUCGUAAACAAACAGUGAAACUGUCAAAAACUCAAUGGACACUGAAAAUUUCCAGAAUAAAUUACAGCCAACAGAAGAAUGUUUUAUCAAACAAGAAAUUUAUUAUGAAUCAACUCCACCAGAGCUGCAGGAUGAUGAAGUAGAUCAGGGUGAGGAAGUGAAUCCACUUUUAUAUCCUAAAAUUGAGACACAAACUUGUGCUCAUGCGACACAGCAGGAAGAUAGUGGAAAAGAUCCCUCAUCUUCGAUAGAAAAUGAGUUCUUGGCACAACCAGGUUCAAGUGUUUGGUCCUCUAACGAUGUUUCACCUAUUGAUACUGAAGUUGAUGAGCUAAUCGUGCCUGAUUUAAUUGUUCACAAAAGGAUAUCUACAAGCAAAGGACGAGAAGGAAUAGGUGAAGAAACAUCAAUUGGUGUGGAUCCUCUAAGUAUUGUAUCUACUUCCAAUAUAAACUUAGAAUCAAAAAGACGUAAAUAUGAUAGGAAGAUGGAAGUUAUUGGUCCAAGUGAUACAAAUAAGCCUUCUUCGGAUUUCGAUCCCAGUUCAGUUGUCCUACCAGAUAUGCGAAUAAAUACCUCUCCAAAUGUGGGUGAUAGCUCAACUGUUGUUCCCAUUAGCGGGGGUCCUGUCUUGGAUGACCCUCUAACAAUUGCUGUCAAUCCACAUGAUUACAAAUCAAAAGAUGAUCCCAGUUCUAUCGUUACAGAUAAUUCAAAUUUGGAAGGAAAACCUAGUUCAAAUCAGCCCAGUCCAGUUCGGUCAAGCGAUUCCAAACCCAGCCCAAACCAGUUAAGAGAUUCUGACUCAAGUCAAGGCAACUCUGGUACCAACUAUUAUCCCCAGCUCCCCAUUAACCCAAAUCCAAAGGUCACACUGCUUAAGUGCUUUUUCUGCAAAUUCAGCUGCUUCAAUGCCACAAACUUUGCAACUCAUUUAUCGACACACGAGCAGCUUUUGAAAUGUUCUCAUUGUAACUAUGAAACUGUUAAACGCCAUCUCUUGAAGAAACAUACUCAAAAACAUUUUGGUAAGAGGUUUUUUGAUUGUGAUGAGUGUGAAUUCAAAACUUCAAUUACAGAAAAUCUUGUUGGGCAUAUGACAACAAAACAUGCCAAAAAGAGCGUUACAAUUGUAAGCAUUGUGAUGCAAUUUUCAGCACAGUUGAAAACUUUGCUGAUCAUUUGAGUUGUCAUAAAGGGAAUAUUCUUUUAGCGUGUAGAGCCUGUAAUUUGGUUUUUACCAAUCAAACGUUUUUGAAUAAACACAAAACAUUGAUUCAUAGCACAUUUAGUAAUUCAGGGAUCUCCUGUUGUGUUUGUGAUGAGAAAUUUGCUGAUCUGAAACUCUUGAAAGAUCAUGAAAGUACAAAUCAUAAAGGGAACAGUCUCACUGAAGAACAAUCUUUGUCAUGUUGCGUUUGUGAAGAGAAGUUCACCAGUCAAAAGUUGUUGAUGGUUCAUAAUAGAAUGUUCCAUGAAAAAGAUGAAAGUCGUCCAACAGGGAUACAAACGUUCACAUGUAGCGUUUGUUAUUUAGUUUUCACUAAUCAAAGGCUUUUGAAAAAGCAUGAGAGAGUGGAAGGCCAUGAGAAAAAUAUUGACUCGUCUGAAAAAUUUGCUUGUAGUCUUUGUGGUGAAUAUUUUCCCUCUGAGAAGCUGUUGAGAAGUCAUCAUCGGGCGAAACAUAAGAAGGAAAAGUUUUUCCAGUGUAUUUUCUGCGAUUACAAGUGCUCGGAAUCAACUAGACUGACGAUUCAUUUGAGAUGUCACACAGGAGAGAAGCUGUACGAAUGUGAACAUUGCGACUAUCGAUGUGCAGACUCGAAUCGGCUGAGAGUGCACCUGAGGAUGCACACUGGCGAACGGCCCUAUCAGUGCAUCGAGUGCGACGCGCGAUUCUCCUGCUCCAAUGUGUUCAAGUCGCAUAUGCGCACUCACACUAUGGAAAAGCCCUUCAAGUGUCGAGUUUGUGAUUUUCGCUCAGCUAGAUCGACAAAUCUUAGGAAUCAUGUCAGGAGUAAACAUAAGCAGUCUGUGUGAAACGAUUUAUGGUAGGCUACACCUAUUAUAUAUUUGUGGCUCUAUUUGGUUACACUUGUUACUUUUGGUUUAUGAUGCAACCGUUUGCAAUAAAACUAAUGCUCGCAUACAUAGUCCAGUCACUAUAUACAUUUGUGCAUGCGAUUUAUAUUGUAGUUAUGAUUUUUAAAUAUAUUAUUUGGGUACAUUAGAGAAGUCCGGAACCAAUUUCUCCAUGCAAAAUUUCCUUGUGCUAGAUACAGGGUGGCCAUUUUUUGUUUAUUGGAAUAUGAGCUUAAGUACAUUCGACAAUAAAUUUUCCAUUUUUCGACCAAAU